CACAGCAGAGAAGCUCACGCGCUCACAGUUACAGCAGAGAAGCUCACGCGCUCAGGAUGAAGGUGUAUUUCUGCGGGAGCAUCCGCGGCGGCAGAGACGACGUGCACGUGUACCGGAAGAUCAUCAACAAGCUGCAGACCUACGGGAGCGUGCUGACCGAGCACGUGAGCGACCCCGAGCUCACCGACAGAGGAGAAGACGCCACAGUGAUGGGAGACAAAGCGAUUCAUGACCGAGACGUUGCGUGGCUGACUGAGUCCGACGUGAUCGUGGCGGAGGUCACUCAGCCGUCUCUGGGCGUCGGCUACGAGCUCGGCCGCGCCGUUCACAUGAAGAAGAGAAUCCUGUGUCUGUUCAGGCCGUCGUCAGGGCGAUCGCUGUCGGCCAUGAUCAGAGGACUGGACGGUGAGGAGGUCGUAGUGAGAGAUUACAGCGAGGACGAGGUGGAGAAGGUCCUGGAGGAGUUCUUCAGCACGCUGCAGAGAACCUGAAGAACCU